AAAAGAGCAAAAUGAGUCUGUCGGCAUCUGAUAAGAAGGCCAUCGUGGACUCCUGGGCUAAAGUGUCCCAACCGUCCUUCCCGGAGGCGGGAGAGAAAAUCUUCCUCAAGCUUUUGAGGAACGAAUCGACCAAGGCGCACUUCAAGAAGUUUAAAGACAUUCCGUACGACCAACUCGCCGGCCAGGGGGUCAUCCGCGACCACGGAGAGAAGGUGUGCCAGGUGCUGGAUGAGUUUAUCAAGGGUCUGGACGGAAGCGGAGACGAGGCUGUGAAGAAAGUCGGGCGCAUGCACAAGGGUCUGGGGAUGUCCAACGAGCAGAUUGACCAAAUGAAGGGGGCCAUUCUUGAGGUGCUGGAUGACGCUGGCUGUGGCGGGGCCAAGGGAGCCUGGGCCAAACUGUGGGACCGCUUCAUGGCCGUUCACCGCUCUGUCUACUAAGAGCGCCCCCUUCCGUGGCCUUCAAGAAACGCAACGAACCCACGAAGUGCCUUACGUGCAGCUAAUAUCAUAUUAAUAGCUGAUGGCGUUCAUCAAAUCAUUAUAAAAUGCUGAAAGCACUUGUUUCCGUAAUUGUUUAGUUCACUAUAUACACCGUAACCUAUUAAAGGUUUUACUAGUAUACAAGAUCACUCCUACAAACGUGAAACUACAACGUGUUAAACAACAGCAGGCGGUACACAAUGUAAUCCAGUGGGGAUCAGUACGUGAUGGUAAACUGAAACAGUGCCUUAAUUCUUAACACUUGGUAUUUCCUCAAGACAUAUUUUCUGAAAGUAGCUGCCUGCCAGUUUUCUGGUAUGAAACGUUUCCUGAAAGUAUAUGAAUUUGAACAUUUUCUAUCAACAUGUUCACAUUUUCUGAAUAAACUUGCGUUACCUCUGCUCA